CAAAUUCUGAAACCCUCUCUCUCUCUCGCUCAGAGAAAGAGAAAGAGGCAAAAAAGGGGAAAGGUCUGGCCGGGUUAAAAAGCGUAGCAGUGAGGUUUGUGGUGGGUGGUGGUUGUAGAAGAAAGAUCAGAGCUAAGAGAAAAGCUAAUAAAUUGAUGGAUUGGUGGCAGAAGAUGAUCUUUCCCGUUAGAAGAGUUUGGAUUUCUCUCUCUGCUCGUUUCAAGCCUCGCAAUAAUGGUGCUGGACUUCUGAAGCUUCACAAUGAUAUACAGACCUGUGGAUAUGAGGAUGUUCAAGUGAUGUGGGAGAUGUUGAAAAGAUCAGAAUCAGAGCUGUUAGCUAACCAUCCCAAGCGCAAGCAAAGGCCUUUCUGGAAAAUUUUUGUAUGGUCUAACCAUAGUGCAGCAUCUUCCUUCUCCGCAAAUCAUGCCUAAUACAAGACACUAGCUUGAUACCGUGUGUUAAUAAUGAUGUGCUGCUUGUGUCCUGCAACUUCAUGUGCAUCCGUCAUACUUUUACCAUCCAACGGCCGACAUUGCAGUAGCAUGGUACAGAGCUGUUGCUGAGUGUAUCCUAAUUCAGUGUAAUAUGUGUCAAAGUUUUACCUUUAUUGUGAGAAAAUGAGUUCCUGUCAAAUGACAAGGUCAUUUGUAAAUACAUAAUGUUUUGUCAUAACUCACAAAUGAAAUCUUUACGCGGAAUAGCUUCCUCCA